CCCUCCCCUGCGCGCCCCGCCCCAGGCUUGGAUGUGGCGGCAGCUGCAGUGGCGCCCACCUCUGCCUCGCCCUCCCCUCCACGAGGGCGGUGGUGACAUCACGGUGGCGGCGGGAGGGGCCUGGGCGCCCCGCGCACAUCACUUCCUCAGCUCCUCCCGCGGUCGUGGCCGCGCAGCUCGGACCGGCGCGACGGACCGCAGCGAGGGCGAGGGGCGGCGCUCUCUGCUCCCCCAUGGCGGGCCCGGCCCCGCCCGCGGCUGAGGAGCUCGCGGGCCCCGCCGCCAGGCGCCUCUACUCCAGCCACCAGGGGCCCAGGCCAGCAGGACCGGGACAGGAGCCUCCACCAGGUGGGCGUGUACCUGCCGGCAAAGGCACCUGUGUUCCCGCAGACCACAGGAUGGAGGCCUCAUGCCUGGAGCUGGCUCUGGAGGGCGAGCGGCUGUGCAAGGCGGGGGACUUCAAGGCAGGCGUGGCCUUCUUUGAGGCGGCAGUGCAGGUGGGCACAGAGGACCUGAAGACGCUGAGCGCCAUCUACAGCCAGCUGGGCAAUGCCUACUUCUACCUGAAGGAGUACGGCCGCGCCCUGCAGUUCCACAGACAUGACCUGCUGCUGGCCCGGACCAUUGGAGACCGCAUGGGGGAGGCCAAGGCCAGUGGGAACCUGGGCAACACACUCAAGGUCCUGGGCAGAUUCGACGAGGCUGUGGUCUGCUGCCAGCGGCAUCUGGACAUUGCCCAGGAACAGGGAGACAAGGUCGGGGAGGCCAGGGCGCUGUACAACAUGGGCAACGUGUACCACGCCAAGGGCAAGCAGCUGUGCUGGAACUCGGCUCAAGACCCAGGGCUCCUGCCGCCCGACGUGCGCGAGACGCUGCGCAGGGCCUCUGAGUUUUACGAGAGGAACCUGUGCUUGGUGAAGGAGUUGGGCGACCGUGCGGCGCAGGGCCGCGCUUACGGCAACCUGGGCAACACCCAGUAUCUGCUGGGCAACUUCACAGAGGCCACGACCUUCCACAGAGAGCGCCUGGCUAUUGCUAAGGAGUUUGGUGAUAAGGCGGCUGAGAGGAGGGCCUACAGCAACCUGGGCAAUGCGCACAUCUUCCUGGGGUGCUUUGACGUGGCUGCGGAGUACUACAAGAAGACGCUGCAGCUGUCACGACAGCUGAGGGACCAGGCGGUGGAGGCGCAGGCCUGCUACAGCCUGGGCAACACCUACACCCUGCUGCGGGACUACGAGCGCGCCGCUGAGUUCCACCUGCGGCACCUGCUCAUCGCCCAGGAACUGGCCGACAGGGUGGGUGAGGGCCGGGCGUGCUGGAGUCUGGGGAACACGUACGUGUCCAUGGGGAGCCCAGCACAGGCUCUGACUUUUGUCAAGAAGCACCUGCAGAUCUCCCAGGAGAUUGGGGACCGCAACGGGGAGCUGACAGCCCGCAUGAAUGUUGCGCAGCUGCAGUUGGCGCUAGGCCCGCUGAGCGGCCCGGCCGCCACAGAGAAGCCGGACCUGGCAGGCUAUGAGGCCCAAGGGCAGCACUGUCUUCCAGGGGCCAGACCCAAGAGGACACAGAGGCUGAGCGUGGAGGCCUGGGACCUGCUGCGGCUGCCCCCAGAGCGGGAGCAGAAUGGAGACGUGUGCCAGGCUGGGGACUGGCGAGGGCCAGGCAGGGACGUGCUGCCCCUUCCUGUGAGGAGCCGGAAGUACCAGGAAGGGCCAGACGCCAGCGAGAGGAGGCCACGGGAGGGCAGCCAUUCCCCCCUGGACAGUGCUGAUGUGCGUGUGCAGGUGCCCCGGACGAGCAUCCCUCGGGCCCCCUCUUCAGACGAAGAGUGCUUCUUUGAGCUGCUCAGCAAGUUCCAGAGCAGCCGCAUGGACGAGCAGCGCUGCCCACUGGAGGAGGGCCCAGCAGGGGCUGCCGAGGCCACAGCUGCUGCCACACUGAAAGAGCGGGCUGCCCAGCCCUCCAUGACGGCCUCCCCACAGACCGAGGAGUUCUUUGACCUCAUUGCCAGCUCCCAGAGCCGCCGGCUGGAUGACCAGCGGGCCAGUGUGGGCAGCCUUCCUGGCCUGCGCAUCACCCACAACAAUGUGGGCCACCUGCGCAAUGACGGGGACCCCCAGGAACCCGGGGACGAGUUCUUCAACAUGCUUAUCAAGUAUCAGUCCUCCAGGAUCGACGACCAGCGGUGCCCGCCCCCCGACGUGCUGCCGCGGGGCCCCACCAUGCCGGACGAGGACUUCUUCAGCCUCAUCCAGAGGGUGCAGGCCAAGCGCAUGGACGAGCAGCGUGUGGCUCUCACCGGGAGCCAGGAACAGGAGGCUGGCGAGCUGUCCAAGCCCCCUCAACAGUGCCAGCCCGGUGCCAGCUAAGGCUGUGUACCCCGCCUCUGGAUGCGGGGGGGGGGCUCAGCACCCACAAAGGCGACAUCCCCAGGGAGCCACAGCUGAAGGCCAGCUCCGAGCCCCCAGCCCUUCCCACUGAGCCGACACUGGGCACACGCCCCCUUCCCCAGCACCCUGUCCCCAGGCCUCUCAGCCUGGAGCUGCCCACAGGAAAGGUGGGCUCUUGUCCCUGCGAGUCCCUGGCUUCCUGCAGGCCCAGCCUGCCCUGCCUGGGCCAGGCUGUCAGCACGUGGCUCCAGCCCUGGUGCUGUCCAGAACCCCCUUCAAGCUCCACUGUGCCCAGCCAAAUGUGAAACUGCCGCAUCUCCCUGGAAGACCGCCCGGGGCUGCCAGCAUCUCAGGCAGCUACUGUCCCCAGCUGGUCCUGGAAGACAGCGUGGUCCAGGCUCCAGUGUCCGGCUCCCACCCACGUUCGGGAGGUGGAGCCUGGCGCUGUGGCGGGGCAGGCGGGUCCUGCCCCGACCCUGUCCACAGCAGACAGCAGGGCAGAACCACAAGCCUCCACACCCCCUGGAACAGACAGACCAGGCUGGGGGUGCUGGCUGAUAGUGAGCACCGCGCGGAGUGGGGGUGGGUGACGACUCAACUCAGCCCUGGGGACCCACCAUGAGCACCCAGCCUGGGCGAUGACCUCACAGCCUUCACCCGACAGAGAAGGCCGCCUGUGGCAUCAAGCUGGGAAACGAGACUUGGAGUCCCCACUUUGGGGACUAUGGCUGUCUUCUCCUGUCCAGACUCCUGCCUGUAGGCUCUGGGGAGCACAUGGCCGUAGGGUCUCCAGGGCGUGUGACAGCUACAAGGUCCCGUCCGGGGGACAGUGAGGCCAGACCAGCUGGGCCAUCUUGCUCCCAAGAGGGGGUAACCCCAGGGCUCGGGGAGACGCGGAGGCGGGUGUCGGGCUUUACACCUGAUACUUGAACGUACAUGUGUGUAUUUACUGCUCAUUCACGUGUGCCAUGUUGUCCACGGGUCCCCACUGCCACCACCAAGAGGUACGUCUGCUUUGGUUUUUCCUGAAAAAUAAAAGUUUGCCAAGUGAC